AUGUCUGGGAGUAACACCAAAGAUGCCUUCAUAGUGGCCUCAGGAGGCGCGGCAACCCAUACACACCCAAAAUCGGCAUCAGCCAGGGCCUACGCUUCCGAAACCACACCUCUACUGGCAGUAUCAUCAGAAAACCCAGUCACCCAAGCCGACUCGGAAACACUAGAGAUCAACAGGAUCGGAAAUACAGCUACUACUGCGGAAGAGCAGGAUACCGAAGAUGAAGACAAACCUCUGCCCGUGGGUCAGAUUAUGCUUCUGUGUUAUGCUAGACUUGUUGAGCCGAUUGCAUUCUUUUCCAUCUUCCCAUUCAUCCAGCAGAUGAUUUUGGAGGUUGGAGGUGUUAGAGAAGAGGAUGUCGGAUUCUACAGUGGACUGAUCGAAUCACUUUUCUCUCUUACACAAAUGAUGUUCAUGAUCUCCUGGGGUCGUGUUUCGGAUCGAUACGGUCGCAAGCCCGUUCUUGUGUACUCCGUUGUUGGUGUUUCCAUAAUGACUUGCUUGUUCGGCUUCAGCAAGUCCAUGUGGCAGAUAAUUUUGUUCCGUUGUCUGGCCGGUGUGUUUUCUGGCACCAUCGUUACCGUCAGGACCAUGCUCUCAGAAAACUCGACCUACAAGACUCAAGCACGAGCGUUUAGUUGGUUCGCAUUUUCAGGCAAUAUGGGCAUCUUUCUAGGACCUGUUAUUGGCGGUGCCUUGUCUUCUCCUGCAAGCCAAUAUCCUCGCGUUUUCGGGGGCAUCUGGUUCUUCGAAGAAUAUCCGUAUGCGUUGCCCAACAUCAUAGCCAGCAUGUUUGGCUUCAGUGCGGCUGUUAUAUCAGCCAUCUGUCUCGAAGAAACUCUGGAGUCAGCAAAGGACAACAGCAAACCCGUCGAGCCACCCAUGUCAACCUGGCAACUGGUAAACCAACCCGGAGUCUCUUUUACUCUUUUCCUUUGGUGCUUCGUCUCCCUCCAAGGCCUCGCGAACACUGCUGUCUUCCCGGUCUUCUGGUUCACCAGCAUCUCCAAUGGCGGCUACGGCUUCGCGCCUAUCCAGAUUUCACUUAUCCUAGCCCUUGGAGGCAUCUCACAAGCACUCUGGCUGCUUUUUGUCUUCCCACCGAUGCAAAGACGUUACGGUACCGGAGGCGUUCUACGGUUCAGUGGGUGGCUUUUCCCUUUGGGUUGCAUCUGUAACCCACUGCUCCAGUUUAUGCUCAGGAAUGGCGUUACGACGCCUUUCUGGAUUCUCCUUCCCAUCACCACCAUUGUUGGUACUGGUGCAGCUAUGGCAUUUACUUGCGUACAGCUUUGCGUCAACAAUAUCUCGCCCUCGGCUGCUAGUUUGGGAACGAUGAAUGGACUGGCUUUGAGCAUGGUUGCUGGCAUCCGUGCUGUGGCUCCAGGAUUGUUUGCUAGUCUGUUCGCUACUGGUGUCAAGACGCAGAUCUUGGAUGGAUAUCUGGUUUGGUUGGUUAUGCUUAGUAUGACUUUGAUCUUGGUUGUGACGAUCAGGUUUACGCCUGCGAAGGCUGAGGGGAGGGUUGCUAAGAGUGCUGAUGAGGGUGAUGCUUGA